AUGCCUUCGGUUCUCAAAUGGGCGAGAUCGGCCUUACGAAGGGCCCCGUCGCUACCUCUACGAUUUCCUAGCACCGGCUUCGAGAUCGUUCCGGCAUCAGAGCUUCUUGAAGAGGAGCAUCUUGAAGAGUUCUCUGCCGGCGCUUAUUAUCCAGUCAACAUCGGAGACGUAUACCAUUCAAAGUACCAGAUAGUGGGAAAGUUGGGCUUUGGGUCAACGUCGACUGUAUGGUUGGCUAAAAGUCUUCAAGAACAUUUCUAUGUGGCCCUAAAAGUACAUAUACUAGGAUAUACCGGUAAAGAAGAGUUCGAGGUAUGCAAAAAGAUUCUUCAAGGUGACUCUGCUCACCCUGGAUAUCACCAUUUACGAACAGCUCGGGAAAUGAUUGUCCUGCCGCAUUCAAAUGGCGAUCACCAUUGUCUGGUCCAAGACCCAAUGUGGGAUAGUUGGAGAGACAUUCUUCGUAGGAACCCUACACGUCGAUUCAAUCUGCCGAUGCUCAAAGGGGGCCUACAGCAGAUUCUGCGAGCUCUAGAUUAUUUACACAAUGAGUAUAUCAAAGCCAAUAACAUUUUGCAUAAGAUUGUCGAUAAGAGCAUUCUAGAUUCAUUUGUUGAAGAAGAAUGCACACCCCAUCGGCCCGGAAAACUGUGA